AUGUCGGCGCUUACGCUCGAAAUGCGUGCACGAGAACGCUACACCGCCUGUGCGAUGAUCAUUGAACCAAAGCUGACGAGGGCGCGUCUUGGGACAGCUUCUUUCCAAGGAGGGGUGAGGAUUCAUCCGAUCGUGAGUACCGUACCGGGAGAGUCAGAGCCAAUCCCCAGUUCGUCCAAGUACUCCUCCACUAGCUGUCAACCUUUCACACAUGACAGAACAAAGUCCGCAAGAAAGCGACCAUAUCCCGAGCCGGAGAUCUCCGUUGCUCCCACAAUAUCUGUCAAGGAACUUUCCCAAAGAGGCACCCUACUACCACCCAUCGCGGAGCUCACAGAAGCAUGUCAGGCCUUCAUGACAUCGUAUUUCCAGCUCGGCUUCAUACCCAAGGCCAUGUUUCUCGAGCGCCUAGGGAAGGAGCCGGACUCUGUCCCCACCUUCCUCUUGCUCGCCAUCCUCAGCGUGUCUGCACGGUUUACGCCGAGUCUGGUGCGCAGAUACGGGAAUGGGGCCAAAGCGACGGAGGUCUUUCUCAAGCGAGCGGAGAGCAUGGUCCCGGACGAGAUGUAUAAGCCGACAUUGGAGCGCACUCAAGCUUUUUUCAUUUUAUCCACCGCGGAAUGGGGGCAGGCCGAUAAUGACAAGAGCUUUAUGCACCUCGGAAUAGCAGUGCGAAUGGCUGGCUACCUUCGCCUGCAUCGGGAGGAGACGUACCGCGUGCCUCCAGAUGCCUCGGAGGACACCAUAAUCAAGUCCGAAGUCGCACGGCGCACGUUCUGGAUGGUAGAAAACCAAGCCAACCUCCAAGCGGGCAUCAACCACCCACCCGCCUUCGCCCGCCCCGAAAUCACCGCCCUCCUCCCCUGCUCCGAGUCCGACUUCGCCUUCGGCGCGCUCCCUGCCCCCGGCACCCGCGCCGCGCUCGCCGGCACCGCGCCCGCGCUCGCGGACCCGCAGCUCGCGACCACGCCCGACCGCUCCCUCUUCGCGACCCUCAUCCAGACGCAUAACCUCUGGGGGCAAGUGGCUAGAAGGGCAGUGCAGUGGGAGAACGACCUGCCGGCGAGCAGCGGACGCGUCGGCGCAAGCGAGCGCGCGCUGCCGCCGUGGGACGCGGGGAGCGACUUUGCGCGGCUCUGCGAGGCGCUGGGGCGGUUCGAGCGGGAGCUGCCCGCGCGCCAUCAGUGGUCGGUGCAGAACUGGCGCGGGUACAGGGCGGAGGCGAUGGAUCUGGCCUACCUUUCCAUCGUCCUCGUGCUUCGCAUGAGCAAUGUUGUCGUGCGCAGGGUCUACCUUCCCUACAUGGCCGUCGCAGUCGGCAUCGUAGGCAAGCAGGACUUGCCAUCCGAGCAGUGGAGCCUCGCCCCCGCCUCGUACUGGCACAACAUGGCCCGGGAGCUGUUCUCUGACGUCCGCAGGCUGUACGAGCAGCUCGACGCCUCGUUCCCGCUCUGCCCCCAGGGCUUCCCUCCCAUCAUCGUGUUCUGCAUCUAUAUUUGCGGAUCCCUCGCUUCCUACCUAUGCAAGUGGCCGCAGCUCUCCCCCGACCUCGCCCCGCAAGCGCAUACGAUAUUCCACCGCGCGCUGGAUAUGCUCAACAACGCGAAGGACCUGUGGCCGAAGGCGCGCGCGUGGCAGAACGCGCUCGCGCAGACCUCUGCUGUGUUCGCCAAGCCGGAUGUCACGGAGCAUGGUUCCAGUCGAAUGGUCUGUCUUUUCAUCGCACGAUGUUGUCUCUUCAUCGCACGAUAUCGCCUUUUCGUCCCACGAUAUCGCGACCGUUCCGCCGCUGACACCCUGGUCUUGCAGUAUGCUGACUCGCCGCGCGGCGCGGGGUCGGUCUGCGGUCCAAAUAUGCUCUACGAGCUCGCGACCGUUGCGAUAAGGGAGCAGACGGAGGGCACGGUGGGAAGCAGCCUGGCCGGCGCUGCGAGCACCGGUGGCGUGAACGGCCAGGGUCUUGAUCUGCCCAGCGCUCCGCCCUACCUUCCGAUGGAAGGCGGUGUGUACGAUACGCUCAUUCAGGCGCAGGCGCCUGGGCUGGGCGACUUCUUUGCGAACAGCUUCGAGGCGGAGUUGACGGCAUUUUUGCAUGGAGGGGGCGGGGUGGGAGGUACGGGGAUGGGGUGGGGAGAUGGGUUUGCUGGUAUGUAA